CUUGGGGAUCGAGGGUUUUUCCCAUAAGAAGCUAGGGUUUUUCCCAUACGUCCGAGCUCGUUCUCUGGUAUCAGAGUUUCGAUCAUGGCGGAAGAACUCGCGGCGAACCCCCAAUCCGACGAAGGAGACGCGCCGGUGGAAGCCGGAUCUGCCGUAGACAUGGAGCUGGAGGCCUCAUCUCCACAAAACGCUGGUGAUUCCGAGCCCCUGGGCGCAGACGACGAGCCUAACGGGGUGGAGAAUCAGGCGGAGGUGGGCGGAGAAGGUGGGGCGAAGAGAGAGAGAGAGGAGGGAGGCGAUGCGGCGGCAGCGGAGGAGGAGGACGAGGAUGGAGCUUCGAAGAAACGGAAGGUCGAGAGGUCCUUGGAAGAGGAGAGGCUCGAGAAGGUGGAAGAGAAAGAGGAGAGGGAGGAAUUGAAGGCGGCGGAGGAGGAGGAGAAGAAAGGUGCAGAAGGUGGGGACGAGAAGGAUUCGAUGACGGCAAGCCUGGGACCGAAGGUGUUUACCUCGUCGGUGGAGAUGUUCGACUACUUCUUCAAGCUCCUUCAUCACUGGUCUCCGAAUCUCGAUAUCAACAAGUAUGAGCACAUGGUGCUGUUGAAUUUACUGCAGAAGGGCCAUCCGGAGCCUGACAAGAAGAUUGGAGAAGGGAUCCAAGCAUUCCAGGUCCGCUACCAUCCGACAUGGAAGAGUCGUUGCUUCUUCAUCGUACGGGUUGAUGGAACUGAUGAUGAUUUCAGCUUCCGUAAAUGUAUCGAUCGGAUUCUCCCAUUACCUGACCAGAUGAAAGUCCCGUCAGCCUCAAAUGGCAAGAAGGUUGGCCAUCAGAAGGGCGGCGGCGGCGGUGGUCGCGGAGGCAAAGGUGGGCGAGGCCAAGGUGGGCGAGGCCGUGGCAAAAGAGGCAGGAAGUAGGAUCAUAUCCUGUUUUAGCCACAAAGUGGUCCAAUUGGUACUUGGUGCUUAUUUAUGAGUGAAAGCUCUGGAGUUCUGCUGUUUCAUGUUAAAACAAGGGUCAUGCCAGCUUUAGUUCUAUGGACUUAAAACAUAUAUCUAUUUUUUUUGUAUGUUGACGUUAUGUUUUGUUCUCUCCAAAUCAGAAUACCUUGCUGACUAAUUUCUGGAGUUUCACUGGUA